UUCCCCUCCCGCAGAGAACCGCGGACAGCGGCGCUGAGGCGGCCGGGCGGCGGGGCCGUGCCAGCGCCGGGGCGGCGGGAGGCGGCGCCGGGCCCGUCCGUUCCCCGGUACCGCGCGCAGGUCACGCCGGGCCUCCUUGAACUGAGAUUACCCGGCCGGCACCUCCGGCCGCUCCGCGCGGCUCCCCCCGGCCGCCCGCACCAUGACCCCUGCGCCGGCUUUGCGGAGCGGCCGCACUCGGCCCGUGACGGGCCCGCGGCUCUGCCCAGCGCUGCCGGGGGAGCCGCGCAGGGCCGCGGCCGGGCCAUGGCGCUGCUGCCCGCGCUGCUGCUGCUGCUCCUGCCCCUGGCGGCGCUGGCGGCGGCCGCGGUGCUGCUCGGCCUGCCCGGCUACGACAUCCCGCCCGGGGUGAACCAGCCGGCCAAGCUGCGCCUGGUGCUGACCGUGCUGCUGGGCACCGCCGCGCUGGGAAGGAUUUUGGAGAAGACUGGGCUUUGCAGCCAAAUCACUUUUGGCCGAUACGUGCGACAGGGACGGAAACUAGGGUUGGAUCCAAAGCUCUUUAUCCAGGAUCUGCAGUUUAACAAAGUACCUGUGAGGGUUUAUCAGCCUAAAGCUACCUCGGAUGGACCAAGGAAAGGCAUCCUCUUCUUUCAUGGAGGAGGCUGGGUGUUUGGAAGCCUUGAUACCUAUGAAAAGGUGUGUCGCUACCUCUCCAGGGAGAGUGACUCGGUGGUGGUGUCUGUGCAGUACCGUUUAGCCCCUGAGCACAAAUACCCCGCUGCCUACGAGGACUGUCUCAGCGCCACGCUGCAUUUCCUGCAGCACCUGCAGCACUUUGCCGUGGAUCCCGCCCGCGUCACCGUCUGCGGGGACAGUGCCGGGGGCAACCUGGCAGCUGCUGUCAGCCAGAGCCUGGCAGGCAGGUCAGACCUCCCCAGGCUGCGAGCUCAGAUCCUGCUCUACCCCGGCCUUCAGGCGCUGGACUUCAAUUUACCGUCCUACCAACAGAACCGGGGAGUCCCUCUGCUGUUCCGGGAACGUGCUGCUUUCUUUGCUUUGCUGUACCUCAAUGGGGAUGCACUGCACAUGCAAGAGGUCUUGGAGGGCUCUCAUAUUCCUCCAGACAUGAGGCUGAAGUAUAGGAAGUGGGUGAGUCCAGACAAUAUUCCAGAGGAAUUUAAGGUCAGAGGUGUGAAGCCACUUAGUCCCACUGAUUUUAUAGCUGAGGUUUAUGAGACAGUGAAGAGAUUCUGUGAGCCCAACCUGUGCCCGCUGCUGGCUGAAGACUCCGUUGUUCACCAGCUGCCAGAAUCUUUCAUCCUGACCUGCGAGUACGACGUGCUGAGGGACGAUGGCUUGUUGUACAAGAAGAGGCUGGAGGACAACGGGGUCCCAGUGACCUGGUACCACCUGGAAGAUGGAUUCCAUGGGAUCAUAAGCCUAUUUGAUUAUUGUGGUGUGUCAUUUCCAUCUGGGAAAAAGGGAUUGGACAGCGUUGUUAACUUCCUAAAAAGCUUAUAGUAAACAUCUUAGAUUCCAUGAGUCUUUUCAUACCUCAGCCUAGGAAAAUAUUUUUUAGGGUAUUUAAUAUCAGGUUAUGGAUAGAGAAUCAGGGGCAGCCAUUAACAAUGAUAAACAAAGCUCAUCAGAACCUAAUUCCAGCUGUUUGUUGGAACAUGGAAUAUGCAAACCUUAUACAUGCUUGUACCAUGCUGCAGGCCCUUGUCUUUAGCUCUGUUAGUAAAGAACAGAUCUUUGAAUGGACAUCCUGGUUUGUUCUGGUUAUUUAAAAUAAAAUAUAUCUGAGUGAAGAGGAACUGUGUGUUAGCAGGUGUGUGUGGUGUGAGAAUAAAACCCAGCUGACGUUAGUGGGUUAUGAGCCACUGACAAUAAAAUAAUAAAUAUGAUGAAA